AUGCUCCCACCACCACGACCUUCCCGCCCAGCAGCCUCAGUACACCCUGACGACGCGAUCCGCGCGACCGAUGACGACGCAGCCGUCUGUCGCCUCUCGGCAGCGCAGCUCGGAUACCUCGCCGACCCAUACGCCUCGCUGGUAUACAAAUUGCCUCGCCUAGCGGGGGGUAAUAUGCGUAAAGCGCCCCUCAUCAACGUCGGUACGCAUCAUCGCACGGCAGCCCUCGAUGCAGUCGUGGACAGCUUCCUCAAAGCUGCGAGGGGGAAGGUGCAGGUCGUGUCGCUGGGCGCGGGGAGCGAUACCCGGUUCUGGCGGCUUGCGGAGCGCGGCGCUCCUGUGGCCCGUUAUGUCGAGGUCGACUUUCCACAUCUCACGGCGAUGAAAGCACAGCGUAUCGCCCGUAACCGCACCCUCACCGCUGCGCUCGCAUCUUCCUCUGAUCCACCUUCCAGUAUGGUGCCUCCAUCCAAAGCAUAUACUGUGUCACACGGAGGCGCCGCCCUCACGGCGGCCAACUAUGCGCUAGUGCCCCUCGAUCUCCGCACCUCGUCGCUGGACGAGCUCCUGCCCCUCCUCGAUACCUCCCUCCCCACCCUCCUGCUCGCCGAAUGCGUCUUCUGCUACAUGGAGGAAUCGGACUCUCGUGCAGUCAUCAAGUGGUUUGGCUCGACGUUCCCGCGCUCCGCGGCGGUCAUCUACGAGAUGGUUGGGUUGAACGACGCUUUUGGGCGGGUGAUGCACCGUAACCUGGCACAGCGGAACCUCUCCCUUCCCGGAGCGGUGUUCGAGUCCCUCCAAGCCCAGGCGGACCGCUUCAUGGAUGCGCGGUUAGGCGACGGCGCUUUUACCUGGUCCGGCGCUAAGAGCCUAUGGGAUGUGCGCGGGGAUUUGCCAAAGGCUGAGCUUGCACGUAUAAGCAAGCUCGAGAUCCUGGAUGAGAUCGAGGAACUACGCCUUGUGCUCUCGCACUACUGCGUGGCGUGGGCGAGCAAGGGCGAGGGCAUGGAGGGUGUGAGGAUGUAG